GCCCAGGGUAAAACUGCUGCAAGAACAGGGAUGAUUAUACAAAGGGUAGUGCUGAACUCGCGCCCGGGUAAAAAUGGAGUGCCAGUCGCUGAAAACUUCCGACUAGAGCAAAGUACAAUAUCGGAUACAGUCCAAGAGGGACAAGUCCGUGUUAGAACCCUUUAUCUCUCUGUGGAUCCCUACAUGCGCUGCCGAAUGAAUGAAGAUACAGGCUCAGAUUACCUGCUGCCCUGGCAGCUGUCUGAAGCUGCUGAUGGUGGGGGCAUUGGCGUUGUGGAGGAGAGCAAGCACAACAACUUUGCCAAAGGAGAUUUUGUAACUUCCUUCAAAUGGCCUUGGCAGACAGUGGCCAUUCUAGAUGGAAGCUCACUGCAAAAGCUUGUUCCACAGCUCGUAGACGGGCGCCUUUCCUUCUUUCUCGGCGCUGCUGGGCUUACAGGCCUGACUGCCUUGCUAGGUAUCAAAGAGAAGGGACACGUGAGCGCUGGCGCAAACCAGACCAUGGUGGUGAGCGGCGCUGCUGGAGCUUGUGGUUCUUUGGCUGGCCAGAUUGGCCACCUGGAGGGCUGCAGUAGAGUCGUGGGGAUUGCUGGCACAGAUGAGAAGUGCUCCAUUUUGGUCUCAGAAAUGGGCUUUGAUGCUGCUAUCAAUUACAAGAAGGGGAACGUGGCAGAGCAGCUACGUGAACUCUGUCCAGGUGGUGUGGAUGUUUAUUUUGACAAUGUUGGGGGAGACAUCAGCGAUGCAGUUAUAAAUCAGAUGAAUCAGAACAGCCAUAUAAUCCUGUGUGGACAGAUCUCUCAGUAUAACAAAGAUGUGCCUUAUCCUCCACCACUGCCUCCUGAGGUGGAAAAAAUACAGAAGGAAAAGAAUAUCACAAGGGAAAGGUUUUUGGUCUUGAACUAUAUGGACAAACAAGAAGCUUCUGUUUUACAGCUCUGUCAGUGGAUCAGAGAAGGUAAACUGAAGGUCAGAGAGACUGUGGUAGAAGGCUUGGAGAACAUUGGUGCUGCUUUCCAGUCCAUGAUGAAUGGAGGCAAUAUUGGAAAACAGAUUGUCUCAGUUUCUAAGUAAAAAUCAUUGCUCCAGGAAAAAAUGAAUUUGAUCCUC